GACUGUGGCCCCGCCUGCAUUAGUAAACCCCUCUAGUGCUGGAAACGCUGGUCAGAAGAGCCCCUGAAUCCAGCGCAAAUAUUUCCUGCCUCCCCUUGCGUGUGCUGCGCGCUCGGGUCGAUGUUGCGCAUUUAACACUGUCCACACAUGCGGAAUACACACUCCUCUUCCCCCGAAGAAGUGCUAAAGGGGUCACUCCCAUCUCUGUUCGGACUACUCGACAAACGCGAGCGAUUCUACGGAGAUUUCUAUUCCUCUGGACAAAGGAUAAAGAGCCAAAGAAAGGAAAAAGUGCGCUGGAUGCUUGUUGAACAUGCCGCGGAGCCCCAUGUCUAGCGAGGAGGAAAUGGCUCAGAGUUUUUCGGACUCGGUCAGUUCGGAAUCAGACAGCUCCCGAGAUGAGCCUCCCAGGCUGGAUCGACCUACCAGUGCCCGACUGGACAACAGCCUGCGAGACACAAUGCUCAUCUGUGUGGUCAUCCCUGACCUGCAGCAGUCUAAAUCCAUGAGGUUCAGUCCUGAUGCCACAGUAUGGGUUGCUAAGCAGCAGAUCCUGUGUACACUCACACAGAGUCUGAGAGAUGUGCUCAACUACGGGCUCUUCCAGCCAGCGGUGGACGGGAGGGAGAGUGGUUUCCUGGAGGAAGAACGGCCCUUGAAAGACUAUCCGUUCUCCACCAAUAAAGGCGUUCCAACCCUUGAGUUCCGCUACAAGAGCAGAGUGUACCAGCAGCCACACGUCAACGAAAAGCAAAUCGAAAAACUCCACACGCAGGUCAACCUGAGGAAGUUUAUGGACUAUAUCCAGCAUCAUCAGGUGGACAAAGUCUCCAAGAUGUUGGAAAGAGGGUUGGACCCCAACUAUCAUGACCCUGAAACUGGUGAGACACCACUAACCCUUGCGGCCCACCUGGACAAUAUGGUGGAGAUUAUAGUUACACUGAAGAAUGGCGGAGCUCAUUUAGAUUUCCGCUCUCGGGAUGGGAUGACUGCCCUGCACAAAGCAGCCAGGGCAAAGAACCAGACAGCUCUUAAGACGAUGUUGGAUUUGGGAGCGUCUCCAGACUAUAAGGACCGGCAGGGCUUGACUCCACUCUACCAUACAGUAACUGUAGGGGGAGACCCGAGCUGCUGCGAGGUCCUGCUGCGUGCCCAUGCCAGCGUGGGAUGCCAUGAUGAGAACGGCUGGCACGAGAUCCACCAGGCUUGUCGAUAUGGGCACAUCCAACAUCUGGAGCAUCUCCUGUUCUAUGGAGCUGACAUGCAUGUGGAAAAUGCAUCUGGGAAUACGGCUCUUCAUAUCUGUGCUCUGUACAAACAGGAAAAGUGCGCCAGGGUUCUUCUGGUUCGCGGAGCCAACAAAGACGUCAAGAACUAUCGAGGACAAACGCCCUUCCAGGUGGCAAUAAUUGCUGGAAAUUUUGAGCUUGCGGAAUUCAUAAAGAAUCACAAAGACGCUGAUAUAGUGCCUUUCCGGGAGGCACCGGCAGGCACGGGUCGGAGCAGGCCGCUGCAGCAAACGCCGCCGCAGCACCAGGGUAGGAGCACUCUUGCCGCCCCACGCGUGCUGCUCCGCUCCAACAGCGACAACAACCUGAACGUCAACAAGCUACCGCUGGACCGCUCUCGCUCGCCCUCUCCUGCCGCCUCCCCCCUGCGCAGCCUCUCGCCCCGCCACCCCCAGCAGAUGCAGAACAGCCCCAAUGGCACGGUGAAGACCAUGGCCCGGGGGGGACGCUCCGCCCGAAGCCGUUCCCCUUCCCUGGGCCGGCUAGGGGAAGGAGACACCCGGAGACAGACCCCUCAGCGCCACAGCAGUCCCCGUGCCAACAGGGAUGCCUACUCCGGCAUGGACACUCCAGGGUCCAAACGCAAGCUGUACAGUGCCGUGCCAGGAAGACACUAUGUGGUGGUCAAGUCUUACCAACCACAGGGCGAGGGAGAAAUCGCAUUGUAUAAGAACGACAGAGUCAAAGUUCUCAGUAUUGGAGAAGGAGGAUUCUGGGAAGGCAGUGCCCGAGGGAAUGUAGGCUGGUUCCCAGCAGAAUGCGUGGAAGAGAUCCCAAGCAAACCCAACGAGGACAGGCCAUAUGCCCGGGCAGACCGAUCGGAGAGAAGGAAGCUCUUUCGACACUACACUGUGGGAUCUUAUGACAGUUUUGAUGCAUCAAGCGACUGCGUUAUCAACGAAAAGACGGUCGUGCUGCAGAAGAAGGAUAACGAGGGAUUCGGGUUCGUGUUGAGAGGGGCGAAAGCUGAUACUCCCAUUGAGGAGUUCACUCCGACCCCGGCAUUCCCUGCUUUGCAGUAUCUGGAGUCUGUGGACGAGGGAGGGGUGGCAUGGAAAGCUGGCUUGAGGACUGGAGACUUCCUCAUCGAGGUGAACCAGGACAAUGUCGUCAAAGUGGGCCACAAACAAGUGGUCAACAUGAUUCGUCACGGCGGCAACCACUUAAUUAUCAAAGUGGUGACGGUCAGUCGAAAUCUUGACCCUGAUGACACGGCUCGAAAGAAAGCGCCACCACCACCUCGGAGGGCUCCCUCCACAGCCUUGUCCAUGCGUUCAAAAUCUAUGACCUCAGAGCUAGAAGACCUAGUGGAUAAAGCCACUUUGAGGAAAAAGAAGGAUGAUCAGCUUUCAGAUAAUGAGGGUCUGAAGAAGAGGAUUGUAUUUCAAGUCACACUAAAUAAAGUGGAUGAGGUCGUGCCUCCCCAGAAACCCGUGUGGGACAACUCAAAUGCAGACGUGAGGGUGGCGACAGUCAAACCACGUCCGACUAGCAAGUGUUUUGCUGUCAGCCCUGAAAUGAAUUCUCUCUGCAAUAGUCAGGAUACAGCAGUAGACUCGCCACAACAGCCAGGGAGUCCUAGAGGCCCUUUCCUGGGUGUACCAAAGGGAACCAUAAGGAGGCAAACAUCUAUAGGAGUAACCGAAGAAGAGAAGCAGUUCCUUACUCCUCCAAUGUUGAAAUUUACAAGAAGCCUUUCAAUGCCUGACACAUCAGAGGAUAUUCCACCACCACCAGCCAUCUCUCCUCCAUCUCCACCUCAUAAUAAUGCUCCUGUCCCAGCUGGUCGAGGAUAUGGCACCAUCAGACCAGGCUUUACUUCACAGAGUCCUAAUGCAAACAGCACAGCCCCAGACAGAGGUGAAGGUGCUGGGUGGAGAGAUCAGGGCAUGUAUUACAGAGACAGUCCUGAGCAGUAUGAUUCCGAGGGGUACAAUCACAGCCCAACUGCCCAACAGAGUCUUCAUAUGCGCCGUGCCCAAGUUCCUGAGAACCCUUACUCAGAUGUGGGAAAAAUGGGUCAAGCUGGACUGUUUGUCCCCAACAAGCCUGCCAGAAGGAAGGGAAUGCUUGUCAAGCAGUCCAACGUAGAAGACAGUCCUGAGAAAACCUGCUCCAUCCCAAUUCCGACCAUAAUAAUCAAAGAGCCCUCCACCAGCAGCAGCGGAAAGAGCAGUCAAGGGAGCAGCAUGGAAAUUGAGACGACCACACCGGAUCACCCGGGACAACUGCGUCCUGAAGAUGGCUUGAAUCCAGCCAGUCCCUUUGCAGCUGCCAUUGCUGGUGCAGUUAGAGACAGGGAGAAGAGGCUUGAUGCUCAUCGCAACUCCCCAUCUUUUAAGUCCACAGAUGCAGGUGAUGAGGACGUGGUGCCUACACCAGCCCCACGUCUCCGACACUCCAAGUCUAUCGACGAGGGCAUGUUUAGCAGCGAUGAGCGGCUGCGUAGGCUCAUGGCACCUCCCUCAUCACUACUUAGCAUCCCUAGAGGUGGAGGUAACGUGACGGACUUCAACAGCCCUGAGCCCACCAUGGUAAGGGAACUGUUGAACACCCGUACAGGACACAGCCCGAUCAGUCUGCCUGCUCAUAAGACCUACAGCUCAGGAAGUGGGAAUUACGUUCACCCAGUAACAGGCAAGCCACUAGAUCCCAAUUCACCAUUAGCUUUAGCGUUAGCUGCUAGAGACCGAGCCAUGAGGGAGCAAUCACAGCCUCUUCCGCUAAAGAGCGACCCAUCCAAACUUGAUCUCAAUAAACCGCUUUUUAUCGACACCAAGCUUAGACCAAAUGUGGAGGUUGGCUUCUCAAGUACCGCUACCAUGGGCCGUCCCCGCGGUGGCCUGCGGAGGCAGAUGACGGAGUCCAAAUAUGAGACUGAAUCCAAGUAUCAGCUCGAUCUGGGCAAGCCUGAGAAGAGGCCUGAGGAGAAGAAGAACAUGCUGAUUGACAUUGUGGACACUUCUCAGCAGAAGUCAGCUGGUCUGCUGAUGGUACACACCACAGAUGGGGCAAAAUCGGAGGAUAACAGCUUGUCAGAGGGCGACAGGGACGAGGCAGUAAGUCCCGACAACACCCCUGGGGAGCUUCGCGACCCCAACCAGCCAGCUCCCACCAACCCCCCAGCUCCCAAGGCGCUAUCAGCUGCUCCACAUGGCAAGACCAUCAUAACUGUUAGCUCAGUGGAUGAGCCUGUCAAGCUGCCCUUCGGCAUCCCUCCGCCGCCCUUGGCCUCUGUCGACAUCGAUGAAGAGUUUGUGUUUGCUGAACCCCUACCACCCCCACUGGAGUUUGCCAACAGUUUUGACAUUCCUGAAGACCAGGCGGGGACUAUAGCUGAAUUGCUCAAACAGAAGACGAAUGGUACAAAAGGGCCUUCUCUUGCGCCCUACUAUCCCCCAUUAGGUGGUGGGAAUUCUGAAAUCAAAAGACCAACGGUCCUCACAAACUGCACACCUCCCAGUUUCCCUCCAGGGCCGCUAGAGCCCUAUGAACAAAUCACUGACUCGGGCAUUGAGGUAGACAGCCGGAGCAGCGGUGACCCCCAACUGGAGACCACCAGCACCAUCUCUACUGUGUCCAGCAUCUCCACAUUGUCUUCUGAAGGAGGCGAGACUCUGGACACAUGCACCGUCUAUGCAGAUGGACAAGCCUUUCUGGUGGACAGAUCGCAGAUCCUGUCCAAACCAAAACCCAAACCUGCCAUCAAGAGCAAUGCACUUUACAAGGACGCUUUGCCUGAGGAGAACGUGAGCUCUUUUAGAAUGCCCUCCUCUGUCCCACCUCCGCCCCCUGGAUCAAUUCCACCAGAACCCUUGAAAACCCCAACGCAACGAACCUCAAAGCUGUGGGGGGACCCUCCGGAAAUGAAAGGACCCCAUGGCCCUGAAGCCAAUUCAGUUCUGCAGCAUGUGAACAAGGACAAAGCACCAAAGCCAGGGGAAGCAUUAGACUCUCCGACCGGAUCCAGGACUCACUUCGGAACGAGAAAUCAGGAUGGUGUAUCCCUCAUCUCAGGUACACAGCAGAACACCACCGUUACCUUCACUGCCCAGCCUGGCCCCAACGUGCCUGCCCCGUCACCGUGCCGACAGGCCGAGAGCCUGCCUCCCCACCACCACACCCCGAGCCCUAUCAUGUCCCCGCCAGACUCUGGCCUCAGCUGUGCCUCUUCCCUUCCGACCUCGGCCACUUCCCCCACCAUGACGGACGUAUUUGGUCUGCCCACACCGCCCCUCAGCCUGGGCACAGGGCGUAGCCGUUCCCCUUCCCCGCUCACCCUUAUCCAGGCCGCAUCGAACAAACCCUUUGCCACCAAACCCGUCCUCAUGUGGAGCAAGCAGGACGUGGCCGACUGGCUCGAGAGCCUGAACCUGGGCGAGCACAGGGAUGCCUUUAUGGACAAUGAUAUCGAGGGCAGCCACUUGCCCAACCUGCAAAAGGAGGAUCUGAUCGACUUGGGCGUGACUCGUGUGGGUCACAGAAUGAACAUCGAGCGAGCGCUGAAAGUCCUCUUGGACAGAUGAGACUGGGCAGGCGUCCUCACCGGGACUCCGCGCAUCUUGUUCAUAAGCUUCUUUUUCCCUCUUCCCUUAUUUCGGUUCACUAAUUUGAACACUUUGUUGUCCUAUCAUGCUUUCGGUGGAUUUUAGGAACUCUCACAUCCUGAAGAAACUCAAGCGUUCGAAAUAUCCGCGUAAGCACAAGCGGUUCCCUGCGUUUCUGUUCCAAGAGCUCCGGCACCAGAGAGGACAUUGAAGCCAACACACUGUAUGGAAACUACAAACACGAGCUGACUAUCCUUUGGCUUUUAAGGACUUUGGCCUCCUUUGAAUGCACUGAAACCAGCAGAGCUGGGGAUCCAUUUUCUAUCUUUGCUAAGACAAUUCUACAGAGAAUAUUUCUUCAGGAAAAAAGGGAACCUUUGUCUAUGUAUCAGCUGCCUAUGAAAUAAAUAUCUUGCUUUUUUCCUCCUACACCUUCGACCAAGAGGUACGCGAAUCUCGGAGAUGUGAUCAGCGGGCAUUUAGAUGUCCCUCAGUUCAUGCGCUGACAGUCCUAGAAGGGCCGUGGUCACUUGAAAACACAAAGGUCAAAUCUCCCUAUAUGCGAACAAACGUAACCGUAGCAAGCAACAGGUCUCUCCACCAUCUUGAAUCUUCAAGUCUUGUAAUACACUAACAUUGGAUGUGUGUCUGAAUGAUCAACAAUUCUCUUGGGUCUCUUUGAAUUGUGGUUUACUAUUAGGUGUCUUCCAUAUGGUAAGGAGGUCUACGGCAUUCCCACCUAGAAACAUUUUAUUUGUACCUUUAGUCGAUGCUAGUUUGCGCUGUUGCUUAGCGUUGCUAGUCAGUUUUAAUUUCCAGCGGGUUUGACUUGGAAUAAUGGGUCUUCACAGGAACACGUAAGAUCUGAAAUACCACAAGUUUAGUUUCAUGGUUGAACUGAAAAUAAUUGAAUUUAAGUAGAAACUGACAAUUCUGUUUUGUCAAAUUUGACAGCUUUGAGUUGAACGAUGACACAAUCACUCUGAAAGGGCCAGUAUGUAUCUGUCUUUUGCUUUAAAAAUGUGAUUUCUUCAUUUAAUAAUUUAUUUUUAUGUACUGUAUUUAUUUUUUUGUAAUUAUAAUUUGGUAAAUCAUUUGAUUGUUGGGUGGUAAAAAGGAACGUCCAGAAAACUACAGGAAACCUCCUUAAUCUAUACAUAUCAAUGUCGUCAAUUGUAACUGAUACAGAACUUCAUAUCUGUAAAUUGUUGAGUAUUUAUUUACUUUGAUUUAAAUUUUAUUUCGACUUUUUUUCUCUUUUUUUUUUUGUUAGGCAACUUUAAACCUACAAACGUCUACAACAAAUUUUUAAGCAAGAUCACAAGGUGUAAACUUUCAUUUUCCCUGUUUAAUCAAAAAUCAAAGUGCUUUACUUGUCCUUUUCAUUUUAUGUCCUGCAAUCCUUUUGCUUUGCUCAACAAUUGGAAGACGUUAUGAUUUUGCUGUCUUACUACGUUAUUAAUUUUAACAUGUAUCUGCAAUGUGUGCCUAUCCGUGUUGCAAUUUGACACACCACAACAUCUCUAGGUCAUCUGAAGUUUAGUUGUGAUCUUCUCAUUGUUAGACUCUCGUUUCUCAGAGAUUUAUCAGUUUCAUCAGACUGUAAAUGCCAUAAAAUCCCACAGGUAUGGAAUCGGACUGGAGAUAAUAUUCAUAUUUGUGAUUAAAACAUCACAGAGACACAAAGGGACAGCCAGCAUUAUACAUUUCACCUUCAGUAUUAAGUUCAAAGCACUGUGGGUAACGUCGGAACUGAGGGAAAGGUGAUAUAUGAGAUAGAGAAUGGCUGUGAAUGAAAUGAAGUUAUGACCGUUUAAAGUAUGCAGUGAAGAGAUUCAGAAAUAAAUUAUAUAUAUGUUUGCUUAUCUCUCGACCUUAGAGGAGUUAGAGUUAUCAUCUCUAUAUAUCUUAUUUUAGGAAACAGCACAGUAUUUUAAAGAUUUAUAGAAAUAUUUAUGAAAUUUUUAUGACAUUUAACUCUGAUAUGUGGUGUGCCAAAAAUCUAUGUGGUAUCAGUUAAGAAGCAAUACACAAAUUUAAAGAACACUGUUUGGUCUUUCUUUGCCAGUAUUCCACAGUACAGUAUAUAAUAUUAUGAAAUGAAAUUUACAUAUACAUAGGUCUCAGUGAAUUAGAAGAUAUGAAAAAUAAUGAGAUAAUGGCUGUCACCUGCUUCUUUUAGACUAUGUAAUUAAAGAAAGAAGUUAAAAUGUAGAUUUGUGUGGUGUGUAUACUUGACGAAAAACAAAAUGAGCACAUACUUUAGGCCACUUAACAUGCGGUCACAUUUACUGUUGCUCCACGAAAUUUCGCGGGCGAAAUGCUGUCAUGUCAAUAACUGUCAGCCACAUUUACUUAUAGAACAGGACAAGUCUCUAAAUGUCCAGUUCAUGUCCUUGAAUACAGUCUGAAAGAAUGCAUAACUUUAGUCAAGUCAGUUACCCAGAUGUGCAGCAAUAUUGGAGAUACUCAGAUGUAAACAACGGCAUUGAUUGCAUGGUUAAUAUACCAUUGAUUACAUUGUUUUGCUAAUUUAUGCUGUCUAAACCAUGGAAAAAACGUGUGGAAUCUGCUAAAUCAUAUAGAGAAGGACAAAAGUGCGCAAUAUUUUGACAAACUAAAGUUAACAGCUGGUAAAGAUACGGUAUUAAUUAAGAUAUUAGCCUAAUAUUUCACACCUACCUGACUGGAAAUGAUAAGAACAGGCACGAAUGUUGUCAAGAUUCUUAUCGUGAAAAUCCUGGUUCAGUUUGGCUAACCAUAAACGCCUUUUGUUCCUCAGACAGUUUUUUUUUUGCACUCUACUCCUCGAUUUGUUACAACUUUUGUCAGACUAUAGUACUCCAAAUGUUUUUCCUGGUCCGACUGAUUAGUACAGCCCAAAACAUGACAAUAAUUGACUAUUUCAGCAGCAAUAAUGAGCAAAAUUGGCAAAUUCCCUCAGGUUCAGUGUCAUUGUUUACAUUCAGUGCCGCCAGUAUAGCCGACUGAUGACGCGUCCUGGAAACAUUCUAUUUGAGAAUAUCACUAAAAGAUGGCGACGUAAUCAUAUUUGACACGACAAACGUUCAGUUUAGGAACAGUUUUAUCCGUCAAAUCUUUAUUAACUGACGGCAGCUUUUUUACCUCAGUAGAGUGGAGCACUUGAAUCGGGCCCACACCACAAAUCUGGCGGGAACAGCUUCGGUGGAGGAUGGUGGCUCGACCUAAACCUUAAGAUGACAUACAUCUCAUAUCUGCAUCUCUGUAAGUUACCGAAACGACACAUGGAAACACGCUUUCUUUUCACUGUAAAACGUGACAGACAAGUAAUUUAACAGUACUGUUUCGUUCCCAGAGCAGGACUUAAACGUAUUUUAUCCGAAAAUACAGUUUUGAGUCCUGGAAAUGUAAGAAAUGACCAAAAUGUGUGUGAACGCAGCCGUAUAAAUUAACGUUAGUAAAAUUCUGCUGCUGCGCGAACAUUGCCUUUUGUGGCUUGUAUGUGAGCAGUCGCGUUUAUACGUUAAUUGACAAUGGACCUUUUGC